AUGCGGAGGCUACUGCAAUCGUGUUGUUGCUGGAUCUUGUCUUUGAUUUUGUCAGCCUUUGUGCUCUUUUGGGCCGACUGUCACCCGGCUUUGGCAGGUGGUGAUCUGGGCUCUUUGCAUGCGGAGUACCAUGAGCAGCCAUCCAGCAGCAGACAACGCAGGGCUGCAGAGGAGUCCUACUGGGCCUACUCAGGGACGUAUGGCCCGGAGAAUGGCUGGGCGUCGGCCUAUCCGGAAUGCCAAGAGAGGAACCAAUCACCAAUCAACAUAGCCGAUCAGGACACUAAGGUCUCCAUGGAGUAUCAGGAGCUCACUCUUGAUGGCUUUGACAUGCUCUCCUCAAAUAAGACCUCAAUGAAAAACACAGGCAAAACAGUGGCCAUUCUGCUGAAGGACGACUACUUCGUGAGAGGGGCGGGCCUGCCCGGUCGUUUUAAGGCGGAGAAGGUAGAGUUCCACUGGGGUCAGAAUAACGGUUCUGAAGGGUCUGAGCACAGCAUCAACGGUCGGAGAUUCCCUGUGGAGAUGCAAAUCUACAUGUAUAACUCGGAUGAUUUUGACAGUCUUAAUGCUGCUCUUCGAGAAAGGCGGGUCAUCGCUGCCAUGGCAGUGUUCUUUCAGGUGGGGCUUAAGGACAAUCCAGCAUUGGACCCCAUCAUCCAUGGUCUUAGAGGUGUAGUUCAUCAUGAGAAAGAAACUUUUUUGGAACCAUUCAUCCUGAGAGACCUACUGCCGUCCUCUAUAGGAAGUUACUACCGCUACAUCGGGUCCCUUACUACUCCACCGUGCAGCAAAGUGGUGGAGUGGAUCGUCUUCAGUCGCCCAGUGUUUCUGUCCUACAAACAGCUGGAGGCUUUCUACUCCAUCUUCACCACAGAACAGCAGGACCAUGUCAAAUCCGUGGAAUACCUGAGGAACAACUUCCGACCGAUCCAGAGCCUGGACAACCGCGAGGUCUUCAAAUCCGCUGUCAAAGACGCUUGGCUUCCUGACCUGACUGACAGCCUGGGGAACCCAUACGGAACAGAGGCUUCCAAGGUGUGUAGCAGCGCUCCUAUGAAGAUGAAAGUCCAACCUCUGAAUAAGACGGCUCUGGUGGUCCGCUGGACAAGGCCCGAAUUCACCUACCACCCGCCAAUCAUCAGUUUUCUGAUCUCCUACAGUUGGACCAAGAAUGAUGAAUCUUUUGAAGAGACCUAUGUCAAAGACAGUGACCAGAAACUGGAGGCUGUUAUCACUCCUGUGUCACCGGAUGUCCUGUAUCUUUUCCGAGUCCAGGCAGUGUGUAUGAAUGACAUGCGUAGUGAUUUCAGUCCAAGCAUGCUUUUCAGAGCAAACACUACCAGAGUAUUUGAGGGAACGAGAAUAGUGAAAGCUGGAAUGCCCACUGUAUCCCCAGCCUCCUCAGCAGAUAUGGCUCCCAUCAGCUCCGGCUCCUCCACCUGGACCUCCUCUGGUCUUCCCUUCUCCUUCGUCUCUAUGGCGACCGGCAUCGGACCUUCCUCCAGCGGUAGCCAGGCGACGGUGGCAUCAGUGGUGACUAGCACUCUCCUGGCCGGGCUGGGAUUUAGCGGAGGGGUCAUCUCCUCUUUCCCCAGUUCUGUGUGGCCCACAAGGCCUCUGUCCUCAGCACCAACCACUGCCUCCAACCACCAGGCCGCCAAAACCGUGCCUCCCACCACCGAACCAGCAGCUUCAUCCGUCUCGGACGCGGACACAACCUCCACCACCACAGACAACGAGGGAGCCGAAGACAGAGGAGAGAAAAGCAGCAAGGGUGAGGGAGAUGAAGGAGAACGGGAGGAAGAUAAGGAGGAAGACGAGGAUGAAGACAAAGACACCGAGAACAAAGAGAAAACGAGGGACGGGGUGGACAUCCAGGUAGACGGCUCCGUGGCCAAAGAGCCGCCCACAGCCACACCAGACUCUACUGCCAAAGAGAAAGGAGGGAGGAGAGGACAGGCCGAGAGAAACACCACGCCCUCUAGUGUCACGGAAGACCAUUUGGAGAAACGCACAGAGAGCGGAGAAACAGUGCCCGCUACCAGCGAGUCUGGGAAUGAAAACGUGUGGCUCCAACCUCCAGACAAUCCAUCUCAGACGAGCAAACCCAUGGGUCGACAGUGGCCCUUCUCCAUCCACACAGAGAAGACAAUAGUGUAUCCUGUGAAUCCUGUGCAUAGCCCAGGCAGAAUGGAGUGGAUCAUUCCUCUGGUGGUGGUGUCUGCUCUCACUUUCUUCUGUCUCAUCCUGCUGCUCGCCGUGCUUGUUUACUGGAGGAGGUGCUUCCAGACAGCUCAUUUUUAUGUGGAGGACAGCAGCUCCCCCAGGGUGGUGCCCAAUGAGAGUAUUCCGGUCAUCCCUAUCCCAGAUGACAUGGAGGCUAUUCCCGUCAAACAGUUCAUCAAACACGUCUCUGAGCUCUACUCGAACAACCAGCAUGGCUUCUCUGAGGAGUUUGAGGAAGUGCAGCGGUGCACAGCAGAUAUGAAGAUCACGUCAGAACACUCCAAUCACCCUGACAACAAACACAAGAACAGAUACAUCAACAUUGUGGCCUAUGACCACAGUCGCGUAAAACUACGACCUUUGGCGGGCAAAGACUCCAAACACAGUGACUACAUCAACGCUAACUAUGUGGACGGUUAUAAUAAACCCAAGGCCUACAUUGCGGCUCAGGGCCCUCUGAAGUCCACGUUUGAGGACUUUUGGAGGAUGGUUUGGGAACAGAACACUGGGAUCAUUAUUAUGAUCACUAACCUGGUGGAGAAAGGAAGAAGAAAAUGCGACCAGUAUUGGCCCACGGAAAACAGCGAGGAGUACGGCAACGUCGUGGUGACGCUGAAGAGCACGAAAGUACACGCCUGCUACACGCUUCGCCGCUUCACAAUACGCAACACAAAAGUUAAAAAGGGUCAAAAGGGCAAUCCCAAAGGUCGUCAGAGCGAGCGGACUGUGAUCCAGUACCAUUACACACAGUGGCCGGACAUGGGGGUGCCCGAGUAUGCCCUGCCCGUGCUCACGUUUGUCAGGAGGUCUUCAGCUGCCCAGCAGCCAGAUAUGGGCCCAAUGCUUGUCCAUUGCAGUGCUGGUGUGGGCAGAACAGGGACGUACAUAGUCAUAGACAGCAUGCUGCAGCAAAUCAAGGACAAAGGCACGGUCAAUGUACUGGGUUUCCUCAAACACAUCCGCACACAGCGUAACUACCUAGUCCAAACAGAGGAGCAGUACAUCUUCAUUCAUGACGCCUUGAUGGAGGCCAUUCUUGGCAAGGAGACAGAAGUCUUGGCCAGCCAGCUCCACAGCUAUGUCAACAGCAUCCUCACUCCCGGCCCCGGGGGCAAAACUCGCCUAGAAAAGCAGUUCAAGUUAGUGACACAGUGCAAUGCUAGAUUUGUGGAAUGUUUCAGUGCACAGAAAGACUGCAACAAGGAAAAGAAUCGCAACUCUUCUGUGGUUCCCUCGGAGAGAGCUCGUGUUGGUUUGGCACCUCUACCUGGAAUGAAAGGCACUGAUUAUAUUAAUGCAUCUUACAUAAUGGGCUAUUACCGUAGUAACGAGUUCAUCAUUACCCAGCAUCCCUUACCUCACACCACCAAGGACUUUUGGAGGAUGAUCUGGGACCACAAUGCUCAAAUCAUCGUCAUGUUGCCUGACAACCAGGGCCUGGCUGAGGAUGAAUUUGUGUACUGGCCCAGUCGAGAGGAAGCCAUGAACUGUGAGGCCUUUACUGUCACCCUGAUAAGCAAAGACAGACUAUGCCUUUCCAAUGAGGAACAGAUCAUUAUCCAUGACUUCAUCCUGGAAGCCACACAGGAUGACUAUGUGCUUGAAGUGCGUCAUUUUCAGUGCCCUAAGUGGCCCAACCCUGAUGCUCCCAUAAGCAGCACCUUUGAGCUCAUCAAUGUCAUCAAAGAAGAGGCUAUGACCAGAGAUGGUCCCACCAUAGUGCAUGACGAGUUUGGAGCAGUGUCUGCUGGGAUGUUCUGUGCUCUCACUACCCUGUCCCAGCAGCUGGAGAACGAGAAUGCCGUAGGUGUCUAUCAGGUGGCCAAGAUGAUCAACCUCAUGAGGCCCGGCGUCUUCACCGACAUCGAGCAGUACCAGUACCUUUAUAAAGCUAUGCUCUGUCUGGUAAGCACUAAGGAGAACGGUUCCGGACCCACAUCCAUAGACAGGAACGGGAGCCUGGCCUUGUCUGAUGAGUCAGACCCGGCCGAGAGCAUGGAGUCUCUCGUCUGAGAGCCCGGGCCAAGUCACGGAGAGGCACUUAACUUUGUAAAACUUCAAAAGGACUAAGACAGACUUUUUUCGAGGCCUUUUUCGCCAGACUCUUGGUUAAAAAAAGAAAAAAAACAAAUAACCUGAUUACUUUUUUACACUGAUAAAAAGUUUUUUGAUAUUUAUUUUUUGCCAUUUUAUGUCUUAAUGUUAUCCUACUGAACAUUUGCACCUAUGUUUUUAAGUUCACGGCAACUACAACACACUUCUGUCUAGUUUGCACUAUAAAAAAAAAAAUAUCAGUGUUACUGCCUAUAUCAACCUGACUCUACACUAUAGAUUUUCGUGCCCUGAUUUUGGCGUUCCAUUUCAAAGCCACUCUCAACUGCUUAAAAGAAAUAUGAAAAAAAGGAAAAAAAAAAAAGUCUUUUUUAUGCGUACCAUGUGUGCUUGGUGUCCAGAGGGAGACAAAGCUCAUUUCAUAUCCAUACCAUUUUCAAACUUAGAUCCUCCACUAUUCACUGUCUGCACCACAACAAACAAGCAACUCAUUAUAAUUCUGUGACACCAAUAAGCAAUAUGGUAAUUUUUUGCACCCUCUCCCCCACCGAUGUUUAUUUUUUUCUUUUCUUUUCUUUUCUUUUCUUUUCUUUUCUCUAUCUAGUCAGCUAGUCACAUCCACACAUUUUUUAUUCCUCAUGGUGGAAUUAAAACAGCUACUGUGAACUUAUUCUUUUUUUUUAUAUUAUGCUUUUUAAAUAUAUAUGAAUAUAUCGUAUAUCAUUAUAAGUAGUGAUUUUGUAAAUGUUUGCUGUCAUGACCAAUCCUCACUGGUUUCGUCUAGACUUGCUCUAAUGAUUUGCCACACGCACAGUUUGACAGUACAAAGUUCAUGCUCUUCUUACUAGCACCCCCUGCUGGUAUGUUUUCUGUGUUGUUUUAUGCUGCAAGUUGCAAAUCAGGUGGCUAUUAAUGUCUGGUUCAGUUGAAUUAAGAAGUGAUAAUGUCUUGUGAAGCAUAACUUAUACUCUUAUAACUGAGAAAAUUUAGUACUUGUGCUAUGCCCUGUACUCAUUUUUUACAACACAUUUUGGUUUUUUUUCAUUCAUGGAUAAAAUUUUUCCAUUUAUUCCAUUUUCUUAUUUCUUUGAGAGCUAUGUAAUGAAGUCUCUCAGUGCCUUUUGUACAGUCUCACCUCAUACAUUGCUCUGCAGGUGUGUGUGUGAUGCGGUUAUAUGUUGUAGAUGGUGUGGCCUGGUUUUGCUUAACAUUUUCAAGCCUGUACAAGAGGAGAACUAGACUACAUCAAGUCCCAAAUUGUAAAGAUGUGGUUCACACAUUGAACUUUUUUUUUUAGCAUCACUAUUGUUCCCUACAUGAAUAUUCAUUGAAUUUUGUUUGUUUAUGUAACUUAGUAUCACCCUCUCUUCUAGUCACAGGCAGUCUGGAUAAAAUGUCUGACAACAACUGGCUGAAAGAAUGGACACUAUUUUUUUUUCUUACCAAACAGCACAAUGGCCUUUCUGUCAGAGGGUUUUUGGUUUUAUUACCACAAGAAAAGCAGGGGGAAGGGGAGGGGGGAUUUGAUUUGUGAAGUUUUACCAAAGACUUAUACUCAUCAUUGAUUUCAGUGAAGGAAAAUGAGACGUUGGGAGUUUUGUCUGUAUGUCUGUUAAUUCUAUUAUCACCUAAAAGAUCAUGGGACAGUUUUGAAGUGUUAGUCCAAGGUUCCUUUUGAAAGUUGAAAAUGAUGUUCGUCUGCAGGAAUUUGAGCAGAAUAACCUCAGUAGUUAUGCCUAAUACUGCUUAAGUUGCUCCAUAAAAUUUCUCUUGGGGCCAAAGCCACCUAAACUACACGCGCACUUGAUUUUGGACCCGAACUCAACCCUGGAGAUAUUGAGUGCGAUGGUUUUGAUUUGUACGCAGAAGUUUGAAGAGUGAAGCUGAUUUGUAAAGAAGACGCUGUGGACGUGUUUUUUUUUGGUUUUUUUUCCUUAAUGAAGAGUGAGUGAAACCUGAAUUUCAAUCCCUACAUACACAAAAUCAAGACACAAAAUGUGUUUGGGGUUUUUUUUGUUUGUUUGUUUGUUUGUUUUUUGCGUCCUUUGUCUUUUUACACAGAGGCUAGAAAAUAAGUCAAAACUCUCCAACAUUUGGGGUCACGAAUUCCGCUCCUCCCUCCUUUUUGUCUGAUAAGCACUAGCUUUGAUUCCUUGUGUUUCAUUCAGUGAUGUUUCUUUAUUUUAUCGCUCUCUCUUGUUUUCUUGUUUGUUUUUCUCCUUCUUCCUUUUUAUUUUUGGGUCCAAGCAUUAGUCUGAUGUUCAUUUUCACUAUGCUUAUGUGUUGCAAAACCUAGUAUUAUCUCAAUUUAAAAUGUACAUAUAUUUGUCGCUUCUUUAAUCUACCAUUCUUGGAAAACUUUGUAUCUAUGGUAUAUAAUCAUAGAAUUUUAUAUUUUCAUAUAAAGCUAUUUUUUUUUUCUAGGUUAAACUCCCUCGUCGUUGUAGUGGUGAAAAUGUGGAAAAACAACUCUCCUUUCAUUCAACUUGUGAUUGACACCAAUUUCCAAAUCAAAUCCAUGCCUCCCAUUAACCACCCCACCCAUCCCCUCGCAAGGCAGUGAUUAUGAUAUUCUUUUUCUUUUCUUUUCUUUUCUUUUUUUUUUUGAUUAUUGAAAGGAUACUUCUGUUGUCAGUGUGCAAUAGAAUAGCUUUAGUAUGUCACUGAAUAAGUUUGUCCCAUUGACCCCAUUCAGAGCAGGUGGGUGUUGCUUCCUCUUUUGUAGUCUGGAAUAACACAAAAACGAAGGAAAGAUGUUUUGUUUUUGUUGAAAGCUAUAUCAAAGCAUUCUAUUAUAGUGUUAUUUAAUAUGUAAAUUGUAUUGCUAUACAUAAAAUAAAAUAUGGGUUUUGAUGUACUUUAA